UCCCCGGCCGGACUCUGCCCUCCCCCGGCCAUGGAGGUGCCGAGCGCCUGCCGCCACCCGAGCUGGUUCCUGCUCACGCUGCUCCUGGGGCUGCUGCUCUGGGCGCGGAGGAGACGCGUGUGGGACCCCCGGCAGUGCCCCACGGACCUGAGCGGCAGGACCGUCAUUGUCACCGGGGCCAACAGCGGCAUCGGGAAGUGCGUGGCGCUGGAGCUGGCGCGCCGGAACGCCCGCACGAUCCUGGCGUGCCGGAGCCGGGAGCGGGGCCGGGCGGCGCUGGAGGAGAUCCGGGCGGCCACCGGGAACGCGGCGGUGCUGCUGCGGGAGCUGGACACGGCCUCGCUGGCCUCGGUGCGCGCCUUCGCCCGCGCCGUGCUGCGGGAGGAGCCGCGCCUGGACGUGCUGGUCCACAACGCCGGUGUCACCGGGCUGCCGUUCGCCGUCACCCCCGAGGGGCUGGAGCAAACGUUCGCCACCAACUACCUGGGCCCGUUCCUGCUCACGAACCUGCUGCUGGAGCUGCUGAAGGCCUCGGCGCCCGCCCGCGUGGUGACCGUGGCUUCGUUCCGGCACCGCGCCGGCACCGCCGACAGCCGCUUCCUCACCGGGCAGCGCCGGCCCCGCGGCGGAGACGCCGCCUACAGCAGCAGCAAGCUCAUGGGCGUGCUCUUCAGCACCGAGCUGGCGCGGCGCCUGCGGGGGACAGGGGUCACCUCCAACGCCGUGAGCCCCGGUGUGGUGAGCACCAACAUCAUGCACCACUUCAGCUGGGCUGUCCGGGCGCUCUUUGCCCUCAUGCGCCCCUUCAUGAAGUCGGCGGCACAAGGGGCCCUCAGCACCAUUUACUGCGCGGUGUCGGAGGAGGCCGCGGGCAUCACGGGCAAGUACUUCAACAGCGACUGCGAGCUGGAGCUGCCCUCGGCUGCCGCCCGCGACGCCCGCCUGGCCCGGGAGCUGUGGGACGAGUCCGAGCGGCUCACAGGGCUCAGCCGCGGCCCCCGGCGCUGACAGCAGUGGCUCUGCACGGGGACACCAUGGCUCUGCGCG